AUGUUGGAGCUGGAGUUCGAGGAGGUCAAGGGCCUGCAGGACCUGGGGUUCACCUUCUCUAACGCUGAGGUGGACGCCGAGCUCGCGUCCAUCGUGUCGGGCCUGCUAAAGCGGAAGCGGUCCGAGGAGGAGAACAGCCAGGCCACGACAUCGGCACCCGCGACGGCGACGUCGUCUUCGUCCCGUAGGGCGGCGGAAGCUGUCAACGACGAUGAUGCGUCGGCGGCGCCCAGGAGGCCGUACCUCUCAGAGGCGUGGGACGACAAGGAAGAAGAGGUCAGUAGGGCGCUGCGGAACUGGCGGAUUCCUCCGGCUGGUGAUGGCAACCAGCUCAAGGAGCACCUCUAG